GGAGGAAGCAUCUCCAACUUCUGCCUCCGAAAAAAUAAAGAAAGAAAGAGUCAUUUGUGAGUCUGUGCUCACUGGAGCGUAGUGCGCGCUCGUCGCUGGAGGAGAGGAGCAUCUGGAUAUUGCUGUGAGUUACCUCUUGCAGUUCAAGAUUUUUCCAGGAGUUGGGGGACGACAUUUAAAAAAAACUGCCAUACUAGAGAGCAAGCUGUUUGCAACAAACAGAAAGGCGAGAGGGAGGAGAAACAGAACUAAAGGAGCGGAGAGAGGAGAGGUGACUUGGCCGAAGCGACAUGUUUGGCAUGUUUAAGAAUUCCCUCUUCGGAAACACCGAGGAGACGGAAUAUAAGCUGCUCAGCAGCGAGACGAAGGAUGGAGUCAGCUUUGAGGUGCGACGGUAUGAUGCUGCUAAGUUUGCUGCUGUUUCCUCUGAGGGGCGAACCUUCGACCAAGUAACAGGAGAGCUAAUGAGGAAGCUGCUCAUGUAUAUUGGCGGAAGCAAUGAACAAGGUGAGGCCAUGGGUACAGCAGCUCCCAUCAUAAUGACAGUGUACCCGCGAAACGAUGGGGUUUUCUCUCGCCGCUUGGUGGUGGCCAUCCGCAUUCCCACCAGCUACCAGCAAGAAGCCCCGACUCCCACCGACAGUGCCAUCAGGAUUGAAGAGAGGCCCGGCAUGACCGUCUACGCUCUGCAGUUUGGAGGCUUCGCAGGGGAGAGCGAGUACAGAGCAGAGGCGCUGCGUUUGACACGUACCCUGGGCGAGACCGCCCCCUUUCAGCGCAAGCAGUACUUCUGCUGUAGCUACGACCCGCUCAAGCCUUACGGACGCAGAAAUGAGGUUUGGUUCCUACAGGAGGAGCCAUAGACGGUCAGAUCUUGUGCUAAAUUCUGUAUUCAUUUUCCUCACUUACAGUCAUGUAACCCUAAAACUGAGUUUGGGUGUUUACAAAAAGGGACAACUUGGGAUUCAGUGGAGUAGUAAUUUUUUCUCAUUUUAUGACAUUUUCUCUAAAAAGUCGCGAAACUGGCCUAAAGUGACUGAACGCUUCAGAACAACUAUUUGGAGUUCUGCUAAGUAUGUUCAGCAAUUUAAUAUAAAAUAAAUUCCAUGAGUUCAAACAGCAUCCACACUGCUGCUCAGAUGUUUGGGGUUGAUUUGGAUUCAUCUAAGGCGCCAUGCAAGCAAACAAAAAUGUCCUAUAUGACAAUUAAUGAUUAAUGAAAUCGUGCAUUAUUUAUGACUUUCAGUGGAACAUCUAUCUAGACCUAUGGUGGUCAGUGUUCAGCAACCAUGCAUUAGCACUUUUUGUUUUUUAAGUGAUAAUCAGGAAAAACUCAUUUUGUUUCACAGCUCGAUUGCAAGUGCUGAUUCAAGAAUCAACAGCAUUUGAGUGCUCGUUUCUUUUAAAAAAGGUUCUUUAAGCAGGAAACCAACAAAACCAGAGAUUGCAUAAAAAGGUGUGUGCUACUUCCUUAACAGAACAGAGCAAUGUGGUUUUAACUGGAGCAGUAAGAGAAGUGGAAGGCUCUGGUAAACAGCUGAGAAAGAGGCCCGCGGUGCCUGCAGUCUGACAAACA